CUUGGACCUAUCCCCGGCCACUACAAGACAGCAACACGAUGGACACGACAAAUGUUGACCCUCUGACUGAUCCCUCGGCUGCGAAGCGCAAGAGAAGUCGCGUUGCCUGCGACUUUUGCCAUUCACGCAAGGUCCGGUGUGACCUGACGGUCACUGGCGCCCCGUGUACAAAUUGUCGCCUUGACAAGCAGAGCUGCUUUGUGAGAGAGUCACGACACAAACGUACCAGGAAAGCAAACGCAAGGCAUGAGGCAGCGCAACAAAGAGCUUCUCCAGCCGCCUCACCAGGCCAACUUGCCACUACUUUCCCGUUCGACAUGGGCUUCAGGGAGACCACUGACGAGCUUGGAGAUGUCGACGGGCUGCUUUUCAACAUCCCAUUCGAUGCAUUCUCACCUUCCGGUCGCGCCUUCCCUGCUGGGGCGGACGGUCUUUCUUCUAUUCCUCCCAUGAUGGACCAAUCUAUGACUUCAUCAGAUGCCGCUGCGCUCGAUAAAAGUAUCAUUUUCUCGUACUACGAGUUUCUGGAACUAAAGGACCUUUCGAGGUUGUCGCCUACGGACGUUAGAUUCCUAGACUCGAAAGGGUGCUUUCGCGUCCCCUCCAGGCCAUAUCUCGAUGAAUUUCUCCACAAAUACUUUCUUUAUGUGCACCCCUGCUACCCUGUCGUGGAUGAGGCCGAGUUUUGGUCGUUAUACAAUCAGGAAGGGCUAUGGGACGGUCAGUCAAAGAUCUCCCUGAUGCUCUUCCAGGCUAUGUUGUUUGCAGCAUCCGCAUAUGUGUCCCUGCGCAGUCUCCGGGCGAUUGGAAGCGACAACACCCACGAAGCCCGUGACACUCUUCACAAAAGGGCCGCGCUGCUUCACCAGUUUCGGGCGGAUGCCGACAAUACGACUACUGCUCAAGUUGGUUUGCUGCUAUCGUUUAAUGUGUCUCCCAUGGAUGUACACAACAACUCCUCCUUCUUGACCAUUGCCAUUCAAGCCGCCCGCGCGACCCAGGCCCACCUUUACAAAGCACUGACUCAUCUGCCGAAACGACAACGAGCGUAUAAGAAGCGACUCUGGUGGUGCUGUGUUGUCCGUGAUCGCUGCAUUGCACUCGGCAUGCGCCGCCCACUACAGAUCACGCCGGAUACUUUCAACCCCCGGGAAGAACCUCUUGUGGAGGAGGACAUGGAGGGCGAGAUGGCAAUAUCAAAAGUCUACGACCUUGACAUCAAGCGGUGUCUGACGAGAGUGUUUGUGGUACAAUGUGAUCUUGCAGCGGCCCUUACUUCUACAAUCAUGACUGUUUCACCCCCGGACAGCCUCCCGAUCCCCCUCUCCGCAACAUACGAGGAUCUCUUGAGAAUAUUCGCGGCAUCAGAGGGAUGCAGGCAGGAGCUGCAGGCGUGGUUCAAAAAAUCAGAGGAGCAACUAAGACAUGCUUCACGAACCGGCCUUGGGCGCACCCGACUCAUGACGUUGUAUGUGGACUGGCAGUGGAUCUACUACUUCACCGCGCAAAUGGCGCUGAGCCAUCUUAUCAUCUUCGCGUCCAGCACGACAAGCCAUGCCCUGCGGCCAGAAUGGAUCGUGCGACUGGAUAUCAGCAAAAGCGAUCUGUUGACUGCAUUUACAGGCCUUAAAAAUGUAUUCAAGAGACUGGUCGCGUCGAAUCUCGUCGGUUAUCUUCCGAUUAGCGCCACGGCGUAUACAGCUUUUCCUUUGCUAUUGGUAUCUCUUGACGUUGAGCUGUCAAGAUCAGAGCAUGAAAAGGGCCAGCGCAUGCAAGACCUCUCCGUUUGCACAGAAGCCAUGAAGCAGUUUGGCCAUCGGUUUCGAUUUACGCAGUUUGUCUCGGAUAUCGUUUGUAAAGUCCUGCAGCUGUUGAACGGCGCCUCAUGGCAGUUGUCCGUGCCACGCAGAAAUCGGAAUCCGGCAGGCAAGGCAACCACGGUCGAGGUCGACAGCAGGCCCCAGGCCUGGAGCGAUGUGUACCUCCAGACGCCGCAGCUAUACUUUAAACUCCUGUUCUCGCUGGAGCAUUCACUGUGCUGGGGGAAGAUGCCGUCAACUGCGGAGCUUCCGGACUGGUCGCGCGGGCAUUCCGCAUCGAGCCAUAACAUAACCCCCCGGUUGAGUAAAUUGCCCUCUCAUGGCCGAGAUGUGGGCAGGAGGGCCGACCAAGUCCAAAGGUCCCACAGGGUGUCGACAAGUAUAGCCCAGCUGCCGCAAGAGGUACCCUCGCAGUGGAUUUCUCAUGAGCAAUGGAACAGUCUGCUUUCCAUUCCCCCGAGCUUGCCUGAACCAGUGUAUGGAAAAGAUCUGACGGGCCUGCAUAACAAUGAUGGGAUAUCCUUUUCCCUGCUGAACACACCAGCCAUUUCUCAUGACAGGCACGAGACGUCGCUCGAUACUGGGGGUGCGGACUCGGACGGAGGUGAGACUAUUUCGGACACGUUGUCACAAAUGCUUCAGUAUUCGUGUCCCGCUAUUGGAUGAAAGAGAUGAUAUGAUUGAUUGUAUUUGGAUUAUUUGUAAUAAGAUUUGGACGAGGUACUGAAGCUAUAUAAAUAGGACCAGUCUACAAUGACGUUUAGCGUAGUCGCGCUUCUAGCCUAAAUCCCGUCUGCCAUGGUUAUACUCGGCUGAUGCUGUUCGAUUUCCACCGAGCUAGAAACAGAGCACUAUUGCUGGCCGAUCCUCAUACCGA